AUGACUACCACUGAAGAGAAGAUUCGCGCUACCUUUCCCGACCUCGAAUGGUUCCCCCUCACACCACCGGCGGAGCAUCCUGCCUACAAUUAUCAAGGCUUCCACCCAGGCAAGAAGACAGUCCUUUCCGCAGGACAUGUGCGAUCUUCAGGCCAUCGCGCAUUCCACACAGACGUGCUCUUCGAGCAGGAUAUAGCCAUUACCCUCCGCGACGGCAUCAAGAUAUACACCGAUAUCUUUCGUCCUGUCGACUCCGACGCCAGCCCCGUCCCAGCCAUCAUCCCAUGGAGUCCCUAUGGCAAGACAGGCACCGGUCCGCAGAGCUACGACAGCAUGGCGCCAUUCCGCGCUGGGCUCGAGAAGAGCCGGACCUCAGGUUAUGAGAAGUUCGAAGCCCCCGAUCCCGCCGAAUGGGUGCCUCGCGGCUACGCCAUCAUCAACAUCGACGCCCGCGGCGCCGGCAACUCCGAAGACAACAUUACCUUCUGGGGCCAACAAGAAGCCGAAGACAUCUAUGACACGAUCGACUGGUUGUCCAAACAACCGUGGUGCAAUGGCUCCGUCGGGAUGGCAGGCAACUCGUGGCUCUCCAUCGCACAGGUCAACUUCGCCUCGCGACUCGAGCAUCCUGCCCUCAAAGCCCUCGCUCCCUGGGAAGGCUUCACCGACCUAUACCGAGACCUAACCAUGCGCGGUGGCAUGAAGCACAACGAGGCUUUCCACAAAUUAAUCCUCACCGGCUUCGCCGGACGCCUACUGGCAAAGCAAACGCAUCCACACCGAACGCAUCGGCGACACCCCCUCUACAUCCUCGCCUCCUACUCCUCAAUGCUGCACACGCGUGGCUCCUUCGAAACCUUUCGCACCGCCAAAAGCACCCGCAAAUGGCUCCGCGUACACCCAUACCAAGAAUGGUACGAUCUCUACCGACCGGAGAUGGUCGACGACCUCUCUCGUUUCUUCGGCCGCUACCUCAAGAACACGCCCAACGACUGGGAAAGCACACCACCCGUGCGCCUCUCCCUCCUAGGCUUCGAAGGCAGCUCCGUGCCCACCAUCCUCGAACGCCCCGAGCAAACCUACCCAUUAACCCGCCAGGAGCUCAAGAAAUUCUACCUCAACGCAUCAACCAAGACCCUCCAACCCUCUCUCCCAGACACAGUCACCUCAACAACUCAUUCCGCCCGCCAGGGCACUUCCGACUUCACCCUCCACUUCCCCACCCCCACCCAGUUAGCCGGGUACCCCCGCGUCCACCUAUGGCUCUCCACCCCCCACCACACAGACAUGGACAUCAUCGUGCAAAUCCGCAAGAUCUCCACGACCGGCGAACUCCUCGAACACCUCAACUACCCGUGUCCCGUGCCCGUCGACGCCGUUCCCAACGUCAACACCGCCAAGACGCUCGGGCCGCAGGGGUUCCUGCGCGCUUCACACGCCGUCACGCGCGACGAGACGCUCUCAACGGAGCACGAGAUCGUGUAUAGACAUGACCGCGCGGAGAUGAUACCCGCCGGAAAGAUCGUGCCGAUUGACAUUACGUUGUGGCCGAUAGGGAUGGUGUUUGGGGCUGGGGAGGGGAUUAUGUUGAGGGUCGCCGGGCGUGAUUUGUGUUAUCCGGAGGUGGAGUUUGAUCAUCCGGUGGAAGGGGAGGGGGGAUCGGGAGGGGAGGGGGAGGAGCAGGUGCAUGAGGUUCAUUGUGGGGAGGGGUUUGAUUCUUAUUUGGUGUUGCCGGUUGUAUAG